AUGACUAGCAUCACUGGUGGAUACAGCACCCUCGCUGUCAACAUUCCCGACUUCUCCCGCUUCAGCAAGGAUCCUACAGCGCAAUACUGGCAGAUGCCGGUAAUUCCUUUCUUCAAGACUAUGGUCGCUCUUAUGGGAAUCGUUUCUGCAUCCGCAGCCCAAGAGAUCUGGGGCACAGCCUAUUGGACGCCACUACAAAUCAUCGAUACCUGGGAUACGCCUGGUGGCCGGGCAGCAGCUUUCUUCUGCGCUUCCAUCUGGUUGCUUGGGCAGCUUAGCGUCAACAUUAGUGCGAAUGCCGUCUCUUUUGCCAAUGACGUCACGACGCUAGCGCCAAAGUACGUCAACGUACGUCGCGGCUCCAUUCUCGUCGCAUUUGUCGGCGGCUGGGCGCUAUGUCCUUGGAUCAUCGUGGCGUCUGGCAAGGCGUUCCUCAACUUCAUGAGCGCAUAUGCCAUCUUCAUGGCGCCCAUGGCAGGCAUCCUCUUCACGGACUACUGGCUGGUGAAGCACAGGAAGUACGACGUCCCCGCUUUGUACGACCCAAGAGGCAUCUACCGAUACGGUCGCUACGGUACAAACUGGCGAGCUGUUGUCGCAACGUUCGUUACCAUCAUCCCUCUGUUGCCAGGCCUGGCCAACAAAGUCAAUCCGGAGUUGAAGCUCUCGGCCGGUCUCCAGAACCUCUUCACGUUUAACUGGCUGUAUGGGUUUUUCCUGUCCAUCUUCUUGUACUACUUCUGCAAUCUGUUCUUUCCUGCUCAAGAAACCCUCAUUCCGCGCAUCGUUACGGGGUUUGGGUAUCUGGAUGGAAUCGAGGUUGACAGUGAGGCUGAGAGCUUGUCGCACUGUGGCGAGGCUAAAGCUAUGCCUGAGGCUAGAGUGUCUCCUCGGUCUUCCAGCCAGGCUCAUGACAUCAGUAACUAG